GCGCAAGAGUCGAGUUGGUACAACUUCAAGCGAGAUACCGCGCUGCUGAACCACUCGGCCUGAAGAUGAAUUUCGGUAGGAGCCAGCGGGGAGGUUCGCGUCGUCCGAUGCAACAGAACCUGAGGAGGGCGCGGAAAGCUAUGAAGAAAAUGGUCCAGACAGCCGAGGAUGAAAGUCAGGAUGGAAACGUGCUCUCGGACGGGAGAAGCUUUAAGAAAGAGAAAGGGCAGAUGUCUCGAAAGCAGAGGAGGAAAGAAAGUAGGAAGAUGAAGAAAGCCAGGAAACAUGCCUUUUUGUCUGGAAAAGAUUUGAGUACUGUGGGUGAGGAGAAGAAGAAGAAGUCGACAAAUAAACCAAAGUCAGAAAAGAAAAGUGCUCCCACACAAGUGUCAAAGACAGCCGAGAAAAAAGCAAUGAGAGAAGAGAAACUGAAGAGGGAGAAAGAAGAACAAAGAAAGCGUGAGCUCCUGGCGGCUAACGAAGACGAGGAAAAGAACAUCCGACGUCUGGAGAAAGGUCUUAACUUCCGGAAGAAGAGGAAGACCAAAGAGAAGAUAACUCCAACUGCAUUCAAGGAUGAUGGCCUUGAUUAUUUACUAGAUAUUGUGAAUCCUCAAAUCUUGGAAGCAGCUAUGGAUGAAGAGUUGAUGGAUUUUGGAAAGAAUGCGGAUGACAGUGAGGCGGAAGGUAGUGGAAAUGAUAGCUUGGAGGAGGAUGGUGAGAGUUUGGAUUCGGAUGGUGAUUUAGAAGAUGACACGGAGGAGGAAGAACUGAUGGACAAAGAGAGGACGGCUAAGAGGAAAUCGUCUGAUGACCAGUCGGAAUCGAGAAAGAAGUCCCGACUCUCAGAUGAAGAUGAUGGGUUAGACUUGGAUGAAGAUGAUAGUGAGAUGAAAGACAAUUUAGAGAUGAUCACCAAGAAUUCUCUCCAACAUGGAAAGAAAGGAAAAGUAAUUGAUACAGGGAGUAAACAAAGAACAGAUUUGAAACAGGGGAAAAAUGACUUUGAUAGCAAUAGUGAUGACGAAGACUUUGACGAUGAUGAUGAUGGUGAGGAAGAGGACUUUGAUGCUUCUGAUGAAGAUGAAAAGAAAAAGACACCCAAGAUGGACCCCUACGGUAACAUCAUCGGGGAGAAACCUCCAGAGAAGUCAUCCACUUACAUCCCUCCGCAUAAAAGAGCCGAGAUGAUGGGGCAGUCCAUGGAUGCCGAGAAGAAAGCUAAGAUGGAUCGAUUGAGAAAACAACUCAAGGGAUCAAUAAAUAGGUUGAGUGAAAGUAACAUAGUCUCCAUCUUGAAUCAAAUAGAAGAACUCUACCUCACAAACAGCCGCAAUGAUAUGAACGAGACUUUGUGUGAUCUGAUCCAGGAUGCUUGCAUUAGUUCAACUCUCACUCCCGACAGACUUGUCAUGGAACACGUCCUUCUCAUAUCAGUCCUACACUCGGUCAUUGGCAGUGAAGUGGGUGCCCAUGUACUGCAGUCCGUAGCAGCUUGUUUUGAUAAGACUUAUUGUGAUGAUGGUAACUAUGGCGACAGCAAGGAAAUAGACAACACCAUCUUGCUCUUCAUCCAUCUUUACAACUUCAAGAUUGUUCACUGUGUGCUGAUAUACGACUUGAUCAAGAAAUUCUCUGAAAGCUUCACAGAGAGACAUAUUGAACUGCUGCUCCAAAUCUUAAAAAAUGCUGGGACGACUCUCAGAAAAGACGACCCAUCAUCGCUGAAAGACAUCAUUCUUCUCAUCCAGAGUAAAGCAAAUCAGUGUCCAGAUGAACUCAAACAACAGUCGAGAGUGAAGUUUAUGCUAGAGACAAUUGGUGCAUUACGCAACAACAAUCUACGGAGGAUCCCUAACUAUGAUCCUACAAACCUUGACAGGCUUCGAAAACUACAUAGAAAUAUCAUCAAAGACAGAGGAUGCAGUGAUUCUACGCUUCACAUCUCUUUGGCUGAUCUCAUCAUGGCGGAUCAAAGAGGCCGUUGGUGGAUUGUAGGCUCAGCUUGGAGCGGUCUUGGACCGAGACAAGAAGUCGGUUCACAGUCAUCUGGGCAGGCGGAGCAGAUGGCUGGCAACAGUCAAGAAGGCAGUCAGAAGAUUACCGAGUUGUCACGGCAACAGAGAAUGAAUACAGAUAUCAGACGUACUAUCUUCAGUGUUAUUAUGACUGCAGAGGACUACACCGAUGCUUUUGAGAAGCUCGUCAGGCUAGGUCAGAAGGGAGGUCGCGACCGGGAAGUAGUCCAUGUGACCCUCGACUGCUGCCAACAGGAGCGUUCUUACAACCCUUACUAUGCCUACCUCGGUACUAAACUAUGUCAGUUUGAUAGGAAAUUUAGGAUGGCCUUCCAGUUUGCAUUAUGGGAUAAGAUCCGUCUGUUGGAUGAAUUGAGUCCGUCUGCCUCCAAGAACUUGGCUCUCCUUCUCUCUCAUCUCAUGUCAUCAAAGGCUCUUCCACUCUCCGUACUAAAGAUCGUCGAGUUUGCUGACAUGAACAAACACACCGUGAGAUUCCUCAGCAGUUUGCUAACGGACCUCCUCCUCGAGAAACCAGACAACGUCAUCACAACCGUCUUCGGAGGGGUUGCCAUGGUUUCCAAGCUCCGAGUGUUGAGAGAAGGACUGGGUCUUUUCAUGCAUCACUUCUUGCUGAAUGCGAAGAGGAAGGCGAAAGGAGGACAAGACGGGGAGGUUCUCGAGAACUUGAAGAAGAGGAUAUCCGUUGCGGAGUCUGCCAUGCAAGGAGAGGAGGGACCGGUCAAAUUGUAAGCUGGUUCUUGGGGUAUUCUAUGUCUAAAAAAGACAUUGUCGGAUGAGAGGAAAAUCGCAUUCUAGAAGGAAAUUGAAAAGAAUGUAGUUGUAGCAAACAAUUAUUUUAUAAGAAAGUCUUUAAAUCAAGGUUAAUUGUCCAGUUAUCAAAGAUCAAGGUCUGGUACAUUAACGUAAACGUAACUUAAUGAAAUAAUGCUGAAAACCAAUGACUCCAGAGAUCACGAAAACAGAACAGUGUACUGAUAAUGCUUGGAAAAAGACCCAACAUUUCGAUGAAAUGCUGUGCGAUUACACUUUCUUCCAGAGCCAUUUUGCACAUAUUUUUUAUUUAUACACCACCGGAUGGUCAUUAUUAUGGGAUUAUAUUCAAACACAUUAUCAGAUUGUUACCACAACUGGCAUUCAUCUGAAAUGCUGCACCCUAAACCAAACCCCAUUGGAGUUACAUGUAAUAUUUCCAAUACUGUAUCCAUUGUCUGAAAAAUAAUAUUAAUUGUCUAUUUGGGGGAUGUUAAGGUAACAUGCCAUUUCAAAGGUUGAUCUUGUAAUAUACUUUUUUUUAUUGAUAGGGAAAAUGUAACAUGGAUGCUCAUCCAAUUUGGUAUUGACAUUUUUGUUAAGAGCAUUAAAUUUGAUAUUUGAUUCAUUGCCAUUAUACCUAAUACAGUUCCUAUCGCAUUUUCAUAGUGAAUUGUUCUAACGGGGAUGCCUUAUUCCAUACGAGGACCAGGGACCAUUGCAUAAAAGUUACUAUUAUGGGAACUUUGCCGUCCAAUGGUAACUACCCUGGUAACGAUGUUCACCAGCCAAUGAAAAUCGAGGAUUCCAUGAUAGUUACCAUUGGAUGGCAAAUUUACCAUAAUGGUAACUUUUAUGCAAUUGAUUUUAGCGAUUGAUCAUAGGGUACGUAAAAAUGUAACUUUAUAUUUACGUCAUUUUACUCAUAUAAACGUUCAACAUUUU